UUCACAGCCACGAAUUCUGCUAUACAACACAAUUAUGACUAGAGUGAGAGACUAAAGAGUAAUCCAAAGUUAAAGAUUCUUACUAUAUCCGAUCAUAAUAAGAUGCACAUUGGCUCAAUUGUAGAUCAAAUUCCAAGAUGGCAGUUCUCGCUUCGAUUUCAAUCUCUUCUCCUAAAGUCGUUUUUCUACAAUUUCCGGCUCAAUAUCUCACGCCUCCGUCCAGACGCUUUCUACUAGCCGGUUACAGUACUGUUUUCCGGCCGAUUGUUCUUCAAAACGACAACUGUAGUCUGCAUCCGGUGGAAUUGAAGAGAGUGAAAUGCUCGACGAAGUCGACGGAGGAGAUAGAGUUGAGCGAUGUCGAAACACUUGAUGGUGAGAGCGAUCAAUCAUCUGUUGAAGAUGAUGCAAUCGGACCUGAGCUUCGUACUGAUAACUGCUCUGUUCAGCCGUUAUCUGAACCGAAUGGUUCGUCAAGAAUCUUGAGCAGUUCUUCCAGUGAUUCACUUUCUCUUGGUAUACGUGAACCUGUUUACGAGGUGGUUGAAGUAAGGGCCAAUGGAAUGGUAUCUACGAGGAAAAUAAACAGACGCCAUUUGUUGAAGUCGAGUGGUCUUCGCCCUCGUGAUGUUCGAAGUGUUGAUCCUUCCUUGUGGUUGACAAACUCCAUGCCCUCUUUGCUGGUCCGGGAGCAUGCAAUCCUGCUAAACAUGGGAUCACUUCGUGCAAUAGCUAUGAAAGAACAUGUAUUCAUAUUCAACUAUAAUCGUAACGGAGGAAAAGCUUUCAUUGAUACAUUAUUGCCACGAUUAAACCCUAAGAAUAUGAAUGGAGGGCCAUCCAUGCCAUUUGAGCUUGAGGUCGUGGAAGCAGCUCUGCAAUCAAGAGUGCAGCGUUUGGAACAUAGAUUGAUGAAUCUGGAGCCACGUGUUGAAGCCUUACUUGAAGUUUUACCAAAUCGGUUAACUGCUGAUGUUUUGGAAGAACUUCGUAUUAGCAAGCAAAAAUUGGUUGAAUUGGGUUCAAGAGCUGGGGCUCUCAAGCAGAUGCUUCUUGAUAUUCUUGAAGACCCUCAUGAAAUACGACGUAUAUGCAUCAUGGGAAGGAAUUGCACUCUUAAUAAAGGGAAUGAUGCCAUGGAAUGCGACGUACCAUUGGAAAAGCAAAUUGCUGAAGAAGAGGAGGAAGAAAUUGAAAUGCUUCUUGAGAACUACCUCCAAAGAUGUGAAUCUUGUCAUGGUCAAGCUGAAAGGCUUUUGGACUCUGCCAAAGAGAUGGAAGACUCAAUAGCAGUCAAUUUGAGUUCUCGGAGACUAGAGGUAAGCAGAGUAGAACUGCUCCUACAGGUUGGGACAUUUUGUGUGGCAGUUGGUGCCUUGGUUGCCGGUAUAUUUGGCAUGAACUUGAAGUCCUACCUCGAAGAACAUGUGAUGGCAUUUUGGUUCACAACAGCCGGAAUAAUAGUUGGUGCCGUGGUGGCUUUCUUCCUCAUGUAUUGGUAUCUCAGAGCAAGGAAAAUACUUUGAAAGUUUAUCAAUGGAUUACUGCACAUAGCAGACAAUAUCAUUAUAUGUGAUACAACAACAACCGAAAUCAGUGCAAUUGUUCAAUCAAUUAUGUUGGUCAUGGUGGGGAGUGGGGAAGGAAUAUCAAUAUAUCAUCCCUCAAUCUGACAUUGCUCCGAGAGUGGAGUUGAGUUUCCUAUAGAUACCAUUCCUCGUGCAAAGAAGGCCAUAUUCUCUACAAGAUUGAUUCUUUAUUUUGAUACAACUGUUACAAUAUUAGCUUGAAGCUGAAGAAUGAUGUAAACUUUCUCAACUAAAACAAUGAAUAACAGUCUGAUUUCUGUACAAA